AUGCACGAGAUGACCGGGUCCGGGCAAGCCACCGCUGUUGCACAACCCCCAGCUGAACCUCGCCCGGUGAACGAAUCCCAGGAGGAGAUGAAGGGCACCGUCUCGUGGAGAGACCUCCCCCGGAAACAGCAGCUCGUCGUAAUCACUCUGACGAGGCUGUCCGAGCCUCUUGUCCAGACCAGUCUGCAGGCUUAUAUGUUCUACCAGCUCAAAUGGUUCGACCCCAGUCUUUCCGACUCGGUCAUCUCGAGCCAGGCCGGUGUCCUACACGCCUCCUUCACAGCGGCUCAACUACUCACGGCCAUGAUGUGGGGCCGUGUUGCCGAUUCGAGUCGCUUCGGCCGCAAGAAGGUUAUCUUGAUCGGCCUUACAGGAACGAUGAUAUCAUGCUUGGGUUUCGGCUUCAGCAGGUCAUUUUGGCAGGCUUUGUUUUUCCGAUGUCUUGGAGGAGUAACAAACGGCAAUGUAGGCGUCCUCAGGACAAUGAUCAGUGAGAUUGUGAGAGAAAAGAAAUACCAGUCGAGAGCAUUCCUCCUGCUUCCGAUGACUUUUAAUAUCGGAGUUAUUAUUGGCCCGAUACUUGGAGGAGUACUCGCAGAUCCAGCUGGCAGCUAUCCGGAUUUGUUUGGCGAGACGAGAUUCUUCCUCAACUUUCCUUACGCAAUGCCGAAUCUGGUCAGCGCCUUCUUUCUGCUUUCUGCGUCCCUGACGGCAUGGCUGUUUCUUGAAGAGACUCUCGAUGCGCGAGUUGACAAGAGAGACUGGGGCAUUGAAACGCGCAAGAGGCUCAGCACACUCCUCUCUACUUACUUCUCUCGCAAUUGGGUCUCCGCAGGCUAUACCCCAUUGGCAUCUCGCGAUUAUGUCAGGAUCAGCGUCGAGAUGACACCCUCAAGGACCCCGUCACCAGCUACACCGACCGUCCCGAGCCCGUCGAAGCGGGCCAAGCGACAACCGCGCUACACCCAGCGCCUACCGUUCCGGCGGAUCUUCACGCGCAACGUGUGCAUCACCCUGCUGGCGCGAUUCUGCCUCGCCUUCCACGUCGGCACAUUCAACAGCCUCUGGUUCGUCUUCCUCUCGACGCCUGUCUACGACCCGAACAAGCCCACAGACGGCGGACAAGGCCGCCACCUCCCGUUCGUCUUCACCGGCGGGCUCGGGCUCCCGCCCGCCAAGGUCGGCACUGCGAUGGCGGUCCUCGGCGUCCUGGGCAUCACCCUGCAGCUCUUUGUCUACCCGGCCCUCUCGGCGCGCCUCGGGACCGUCCGGUGCCUGCGCAUGGCCCUCGUCUGCUUCCCGCUCGCCUACUUCCUCGCGCCCUUCCUCUCGCUCGUGCCGAGCUCCACGGAGCCGCCCGCACCCAAGUCCGGCCCGGCCAUGUGGGUUGGCAUCUCCGGGGUCCUGCUGUGCCAGGUCGUCGGGAGGACGUUUGCGUCGCCGAACAUGGCGAUCCUCGUCAACAACUGCUCGCCGCACCCGAGCGUGCUGGGGACCUUCCACGGCCUGGCGCAGACUUGUAGCUCGGCCGCCCGCACGCUAGGUCCUGUUCUGUGCGGGUUCCUGUAUGGCGUCGGCCUGGCGCACGGGGUCGUCGGUGGGGUCUGGUGGGGUCUCAGCCUAUGGGCCGCCAUGGGGUGGUUGACGAGUUGGCUGCUGAAGGAGGGCGACGGGCAUGAAAUAUGGCUAGAUGGUGACGAGGAAGAUGAGGGUGUAGACACGACAAAGGCAGUUUGA